AUGGCACGGGUUAUUCUUUUCUUUCAGGCAGGUCCAAAAUGUGGCUGCUUUUAACAAUGGCAAGUUUGAUAUCUGUACUGGGGACUACACAUGGUUUCUUUGGAAAAUUACAUCCUGGAAGCCCUGAAGUGACUAUGAACAUUAGUCAGAUGAUUACUUAUUGGGGAUACCCAAAUGAAGAAUACGAAGUUGUGACUGAAGAUGGUUAUAUUCUUGAAGUCAAUAGAAUUCCUUAUGGGAAGAAAAAUUCAGGGAAUACAGGCCAGAGACCUGUUGUGUUUUUGCAGCAUGGUUUGCUUGCAUCAACCACAAACUGGAUUUCCAACCUGCCAAACAACAGCCUUGCCUUCCUUCUGGCAGACGCUGGUUAUGAUGUGUGGCUGGGCAACAGCAGAGGAAACACCUGGGCCAGAAGAAACUUGUACUAUUCACCAGAUUCAGUUGAAUUCUGGGCUUUCAGCUUUGAUGAAAUGGCUAAAUACGACCUUCCAGCCACAAUCGACUUCAUUGUAAAGAAAACUGGACAGAAGCAGCUACACUAUGUUGGCCAUUCCCAGGGCACCACCAUUGGUUUUACUGCCUUUUCCACCAGUCCCAGCCUGGCUAAAAGAAUAAAAACCUUCUAUGCUUAUCUAGCUCCUGUUGCCACUGUGAAGUAUACAAAAAGCCUUAUAAACAAACUUAGAUUUGUUCCUCAAUCCCUCUUCAAGAUUAUAUUUGGUGACAAAAUAUUCUAGCCACACAACUUCUUUGAUCAAUUUCUUGCUACUGAAGUGUGCUCCCGUGAGACGCUGAAUCUCCUUUGCAGCAAUGCCUUAUUUAUAAUUUGUGGAUUUGACAGUAAGAACUUUAACACGAGUCGCUUGGAUGUGUAUCUAUCACAUAAUCCAGCAGGAACUUCUGUUCAAAACAUGUUCCAUUGGACCCAGGCUGUUAAGUCUGGGAAAUUCCAAGCUUAUGACUGGGGAAGCCCAGUUCAGAAUAGGAUGCACUAUGAUCAGUCCCAACCUCCCUACUACAAUGUGACAGCCAUGAAUGUACCAAUUGCAGUGUGGAACGGUGGCAAGGACCUGUUGGCUGACCCCCAAGAUGUUGGCCUUUUGCUUCCAAAACUCCCCAAUCUUAUUUACCACAAGGAGAUUCCUUUUUACAAUCACUUGGACUUUAUCUGGGCAAUGGACGCCCCUCAAGAAGUUUACAAUGACAUUGUUUGUAUGAUAUCAGAAGAUAAAAAGUAG